AUGGCUUGCGACGACGACAACGAUUUCAUUCGUGGCAUAUUUUGCCCUCAUGUAGCCGUCUUGUGUUCGGAAAAGGCACAAGAAAUGUGUCGUAAAAACAAUUUGAGCUUCAGCGAUUUGCUUAAUCCAUUUGCUCGGUUGACAGACGUUAAUUUCAAAGACACCAAUGGUGGUAUGAUAAAUGUCCCAAAUCUUCAGAUAGUGUUUUCCAACAUGAACAGCCAGCCCUUGUCGAUCACCAAGGAAAGAAGUCGCUUACAUGAUUCUGUUAAUAUAACAACUGAACCAAGCAACAUAACUGUCAAAAUUGGUGGACGGGAAAUCACAAUACCUGAAAAUACGCCAUGGUUUACUAAGUGGAGAACAACGUUUUUACAAAUUCAAAAUGUCUCAGACCAUGAAUAUACUAAACAUUUUUUAGGAUGUAUGAUAGUAAUAAGCUCUUCUGAUGAAGAAAAAGUGUCAUCAUUGACACAGCAAGUUCAACAAUCAAUUUUACCAAAUCAAAAUCAAUCACCUAAAUGGUUUCAUACCACUAUAUUAAGAUAUUAUGUUGUUUUACAUGAAAGCCUUAAUCCUGAUUUGAGCAUAGCUAAUAAAAUUAUUGAAACAUUACAGUCAACAUAUGGCCAUAGUAGUUGCCAUCUCCUUAGAUUAAAUUCGUGUAAAUCUCCUAAAACCGAGUUAACUGAAGGAAUAUGGGAUUACUUGAAUAAUUCAUUUAGUUUAAAUGAUAGUAUAGAUUCUCAUGAUCAGAGUGGAGAAUUUGAAAAUAGUUUGAACUCUGUAGAUAGUUCUUUAAUACAUCCUCUAAGUCCACAAGAAUAUAACAAGAAUUUGGAUAGUGAAUCAAAAAUGGACAUUCAAAAAGUAUAUGGUGCUUAUUUAGAUGAAAAUGAUCAUAACAAUAUACGAGAUUUAACCAAACAUUUUGUUUCAAGAUCACUAAUACCAUAUAUUGAAUCUCAAAUACAAUCUUUAAAUGAAUCGGUGACAAACAAAAAAGGUGUGAGUAGAUCACUUUUAAGUGCAACCAAAAGAUGGUUUAGCACAAAUAAACCUACUGCAGCAGCCUUACCAGCUACAGUUAACUACACUAAUGAUUCACCAGAGCUUCAAACCCGACGUUUAGCUGAUUUAUAUAUGAUUUUGGGUGCCUGGUCUCUUGCUUUUCCAUUAUACCAGGCAGCCAAAAGAGACUUUAGUGCAGAUAACGCUUGGAUGUUAUAUAGUGGUGCUAUCGAAAUGGCUGCUAUUUGUGCUUUAAUGUGCCCUAGUGUAUGUGACAAUCGAAAAGCCAUAGAAUAUGCCAAUGAGAGUGUAUUGACAUAUUUGAAUACUUGCAGGGUUCCACAAUUUGCAACAAGAGCUACAAUACUAUUUUGUGAAUUAUUUGUCAGCCGGGAAAUGUAUGGAGAGGCUGCUAAAAUGUUUAUUCAGAUGACAAAUGAAGACUCAGAUUUACGUAGUGCUCUACUUUUAGAACAGGCAGCUUAUGCUUUCCUGAAAUCACAAAAACCCCCAAUGUUGAGAAAGUAUGCUUUUCAUAUGGUUCUGGCUGGACACCGAUACUCAAAAGCAACACAAAGAAAGCAGUCACUAAGUUGUUACCAACAAGCUUAUCAGGUCUUUGAAGAUACACAUUGGACAUUAGCAGAAGACCAUAUACAAACAGCUAUUGGUAGACAGGCCACAUUUUUAAAACACAUGAAACAAGCUUCUGAAGCAUAUUCCAAAUUGCUAGCAAGAGCUUCAAGUCAACCACCAGAUCAACAAUCUACUAUUCUUAGAGAUUAUUUGAACAUAAAAUUGGAAUAUGCAGCAGAGAAAAAUGACUCGUCGAUCAUAGAUUUGGCCCUACCUCUCAUAGAUCAGAAAAAAAUCAAGAUAUUGUUAAAUGCAGACAGUAUAAUAACUAAAGAACAUAGUUUUGAUGAAGACUUGUUGAACCCAAGGUGGUAUAAAAUGGAAGAAGAUUUAAUUACAGAAGCUCGUGGAAUACCUCCAUUAAUAUUUAAGCCAACUUUUGCUUUCUAUGGUAGCAAUGAUGCAAUAAAACAAUUAUUGUAUGUGAAUGAAUUAGUGCAAGUACAAAUGACAUUAUCAAACCCAUUAAACAUAUCCUUAUGCAUUGAAAACUUAUCAUUGACAUAUUCUUUUGAUAAAGAGAUAAAUUUGGUAGAACCUCAAGUGCUAGAUGAACUACUUUUAGCGCCUUCCAGUACAACACAAGUUAUUCUUGGACUGAAAACUAAAAGUAUUGGGAUUCUAACUAUAACUGGUGUUCAGUUUAGCUUAUUGAUUCCAUCAAUUAUGAGUGAUGACAUAGUCAAACGAGUAAUAAAUGGUUGGCAACGUUUUGAGAUGUUGAGUUCUAUACAAUUCAAUGUUCAACCACAAACUUCCUUACUAAAGGUGGAUUUUGAUGGAAAUCAAGUUAACACAUUAAUUGGUGAAAUGAACAUAAUACGAUUAACAUUAGAAAAUGCUGGUACAAUACCAUUGCAUAAAAUCUAUGUGUCAACUUCAAUUGAAGAUUCAUUUUUCUCAGAAUCAAAUCAUUCUUGCAAAAACAAAAAAAUUCGAAGUUUGUUAAUUCAAAUGCCUCCAAAUUCAAAAAAGUCUGUAGAAUUUUGCUUCAAUAGUCCAGACACAGAAACAUUUAGCCUUGAUUUGUUAUUUUAUUAUGAAUCUCAAAUUGAAACUAAAAAACAAGAGUACAGAUUAUGCAGGGCUAGCUGGUUUAUGACAGCAAAACCUUGUGUUAGGUUAUCUGCUUCUGCGUUACUUGCCAACCAAAACAGUGAAACGCUUAAUUUAAAAACAAUUGUUCAUAAUUUAUAUAAGGGAAAUGAAGUAGAACAAGUAAAACUAAAGCAAGUAUUCUUGUACAGUCCAGAAUGGACACUAUCUAAAAAAAUAUACCCUCAAGGAAGUAUAAAAGAUUUGGAUCAACAACAGUCAUGUCAUUUAUUCUUACAAGCUUGUCGAACAAACAAAAGUGGCAUUUCCAAUAUUAAUUUUGAUAAUGAACAAUUUCCUCAAACUGAUAUGUGUGAAAAAUUUGUUUCAACAACAAAAUCACUUACAAAAGAAAUUAAAAUGCCAAAGUUUGAUAGACACAAAGUUCAAACAGAGGUGUUGAAAUGUAUUGAUCUCGUUUUGGCCAUUUUAUGGCAGGUAAUAAUCAAAGAUCAUUCAAAUCAGUUGAGAAUUAUUUGUGGGAUUCACAGGGUUUCGUUGACAAAAUUAAAUUUAAGUGUAGCAUGGCCUGAAUUUGGGUGUUUAGAUGUGUCAAAAAAUAUCUCCAAGCCAAUAGGAAGAUUAAAAAUAUUUGGACCUGAUCGAAAUAUACAUCCAUAUGAUGGGACACCUCUACCUAAUGAUGCAACAGGAUUGUUAGAGUCGCCCAUGAAUCGCUUAAUCAAUAUUGCUUUUUCACAUCCUAGUACCGUUUCACAUUCCUUUAAUGACAAAAAAAUGUGUAUUGUAUCUGUACAAAUAAUACUUAAGAACUGUGUUGAACACAAAAUUGAAGUUAAAAUUGAUACUAACACAGCUAGUUGUUUAAAGUCGGAUGUUGAUGAUCAACAUUUUUGUUGGAUCGGUGUUAUUAAUCCAAAGCCGUUUUUCUUGCCAGUUUCGGCAACGCACACUAUUCGCUUAUUCGCUGCAGUUGCUUCUCAAGGGUGUUAUAAAACGACAGCUAAACUUGAUAUACUGGCACGACCUUAUCCACCUGCUCAACAUGCAUUCCUAUCCCAAAUCAUUUCAUCUUCUUCUUUAUUAGUCAUUAAAGACCCUAAAUCUGAGAUAACAAGUUAA